AUGUCAGCGUAAGUUUCUAUCCCCAGCUUAUUUAAUAUCAAAGUCAAAUUUGUUUUUCAGCCAAAUCAAGCCACGAUCUGAAAUGACAGCCGAAGAAUUGGCUGCAAAAGAACAAGAAGAAUUUGCAGUUGGACCACUUUCGAUUUUGACAAAUUCGGUGAAAAACAAUGCACAAGUUCUCAUCAAUUGCCGUAACAACAAAAAAUUGUUGGGUCGUGUUAAAGCUUUCGACAGACAUUGUAACAUGGUAUUGGAAAAUGUAAAAGAAAUGUGGACAGAGAUUCCAAAGACAGGAAAAGGAAAGAAGAAGGUUAGUAUCGUUCAAAAAUCAUUCUCAUGGUUAAAUGACACGAGAGAAUAGAAAAGUUCAAUCAAUAAUAACCUGCUUGCUUUUCAGGCCAAAGUCAGUCGCAAAAGAUCGUUUCAUCUCAAAAAUGUUCCUUCGUGGUGAUUCAGUGAUUUUGGUCGUCAAAAAUCCUCUCGCCCAAGCCGAAUAAUUUAUUUUCUGAUGCAUCUCAUUUUGUCACAUCUGUUAUUUUUUUCCAUUUUCAUUUUAUCAUAAAUUAUCACUUUUCAAUUAUCGAUUUUCUUUCAAUUGUGAUAACCGUAAAUCCCCGGCCAAUGUUUUUCAUGAUUUAUUGUGUCAAUAUUUAAUGGUCAGUUUCAGAUUUUCCGACUUUCAGCGCUUCGAAAAUGCCGAUGAUCAGAGUUGCAACAAAUUUGGCUGAUAGCCAAGUUCCAAAAGAUUUCGAAGUUCGAGUAACUGAUGUUAUCGCAAAAUCAACUGGAAAACCAAGAGAAAGAGUUGCUGUUGAGAUUGCUGCCGGAUCAAGAUUGGUUCAUGGAGGAACUAGUGAUCCAGUUGCAGUUAUCAGUGUAAGUUUUGAGAAACUCUUAAAUUUAAUAUAAAUAAAUAUCCUUAUUAUUUUGUAGAUUCAAUCAAUCGGCGCGGUUUCGGAUGAAGACAAUAUUCGUCAUUCGGCUGCUCUCACCGCAAUCUUCCAAUCCGAACUCGGACUUCCAAAAGACAAAGUUGUUAUUUCGUUUUUCGAUUUGACUCCAGGAAAAGUUGCGAUUGGUGGAACAACUGUUGCAAAUGCAAACAAAUUGUAA